AAUCAGUGCCCGAAAGAGGUUAAGCAAGUGAACAUUGCUAGAGGCUCCGCGAGCGACGAGGAUUUGUUUAUCUGUUGUGCGGAGAGCAGUGUAGAUUCCUGGGUCAUGGAUUCUGGUGCUUCAUUUCAUGCUACCCACAGCGGUGAAGCAUUGCAGAAUCUAGUUGUUGGGGACUUUGGAAAGGUACGACUAGCAGACGACAGAGCUCUUGAUGUGACGGGCAUGGGUGACAUAGUGCUGAAGACCCCUGUCGGUUUCUGGACUUUAAAGGAUGUCAGAGUGGUUCCAGCCUUGAAGAAAAGUUUGAUUUCUGUUAGGCAAUUGGACGAACAGGGACACGAGGUGAAGUUCGGAAAUGGGCAGUGGAAGGUCGUGAAGGGAAAUCUUGUCAUGGCCCGUGGAAGGAAGAGAGGUUCGUUGUAUAUGGUCGAGUUACCAUCUGAGGGAGUGACCGUCCCAAUUCAGAAGAAAAAUGAAGUCCGGUUCACAGAGUCUCGUGGGCAGAAGAAGGUUUUCUAUACAAGAAAGAAACCCAGAGCCACAGGUCAGACUCAGGAUGAACGAGCGAGGAAAGGUUCAAUGAGACCAGUCAGAGGUAUCUGUGGCAGUGGGAGCACAGGUUUUGCUUCAGCCAAGGUUCCUAUAAGACAUUGGGUCCGGAGAACCAGUAUUCCAGCUGUUGAAACAUCUCCAGAAAAUUUCUUGCUCAGUAUGGAGAUUGUUUGUUUUCAGGAUGUUUUAGGAUCCGGCAGUGCGUGUGUGCAGUGGGAGCCGGUAGGGACUGAGGAUGAGUCAAAGGCAGUUCAAGCCAUGACUGAUGGGUUGAAACUUAGGAGAGUUUCAACAGAGUCUUCUCGAUGAUCAAGAAGGCUGGUGGCAACUAGAGGUGGUGGAAUUUUGAGUUCCGUUAUCAGAUUACAGAAGUACAUGUGCACAGUUGAAGCGCAGGUGAACAUUGUUCCGUGGCUUCAAGUGGGAGAUUGUUGAGUGUGAAGCCAGGAAGCUAGGUGGAAGCUAACAGGAAAUUGG